AUGAAGAAGUAUAGAUAUCAUGAAGAUAACUCAGAUCAUAUCCUAUUUAUCAAACGUUGGGAUGGUAAGAUUACUUUGUUGAUAAUCUAUGUCAACGAUAUGGUAGUUACUGGUGGUGAUGUUGUUGAAAUGGAAACUGGUAUGUUAAGGUAUGCACUAGCCGAAACCUCUAUUGUGCAGAAUCAUCACCUAGCAAUCUAUCCUGAUCAAGUGCCAACCAACAAGGAGAGAUAUCAGAGGUUAGUGGGAAGACUAAUUUAUCUUUUGUACACUAGACCAGAUAUCGCAUAUGCAGUUGGUGUUCUUAGCCAGUUCAUGCCUUCUCCUAAUGAGGAUGCUGCAAUUAUGAGGAUUUUGUGUUAUUUGAAGAAAGCUCCAAGCUGA